UGUAUCUGCUGUCAGCUGUCAAAUAGAAUUUGUCAAUAUUUGUGUUUGAGCAUCAUUUCGAAAGGAUCAAUUUGCUGCUAAUGAAAAAAAACAUAUUUUACAGUAUUUAAGUUAAAGCAGAAACCACAAAAUCGCAGAAUGAAGGUCCCUAGCGAGGAUCCAACCAAAUACUGUCGAUUUUGUUUCUCCCAGCAGCAUAUUAAGCUGGAACUUACCGUUUACCAGCACCCAUUGGUAAAUCAGAUAACGGAGUGUUUGGGACUAUGGCUUUCGGAGGAUGAUUUCCCCUGUUCCAUCUGUCGAGUUUGUGUUGCUUCGCUGGAAAUCUUCCAAGCAUUCCGUGAGCGCAGCAAUGAUUGCGAUUUGGCUUUGCGUAAAAGUCGAUUAGGUUUAUUGGAUGAGGAGAGUAUUAUACUGAAAACUAUCAAGCAGGAGAGCCCUCAUUUUAUCAACGAUGAAGAACAGCUACCAGACGACAAUGACCUGAUACUAGGAUCAACAUCCCCGCCGACACUAGUUGAUGAUAGCAACAUUAGUAUUACGUUGGAACCGUCUGCUGCUUGUUCCUCCGUUGAAGUACAGCCAAUGCAGCAUCCAAAAAUACGGGUUGUUUCAGCAGGCGAUAAAAGACUUAAAAAUCCAAAGCGAAUAGUCGAACCGGAUAUCAUCCACAAGUGCGGCAAGUGCAGUAAAACAUUCACCCUGAAAGGGAUGCUGGUGAGACAUAAACGCGAAUGCAUAAAAACUGAAGCAAGUUCUGUGUCUAAACUCAGGGUAGACAAAGAGCCACCAGCGCGUAUUCGACCUUCGAACGUGGUAGUUAUCUCCCCUAAGGAGCUCCGCAAGCAGCUGAAUCUUUAUAGUGGGCCACCGAUGUCAACAAUGACGAAUCCUCUUAAUCCCUACUACUGUAACAUGUGUAAUGCGUCGUUUUCAAGUUCAGGAGCCUACAUCAAGCACCGAAUGAACGUCCACUAUAAGAAUCAUAACAAAACGGAAAAAAUCGCUACUAUUGAAGACAGUUCGAGCUAAAGCUAGUUCAAAAUUCUUUUAUAGUUUUGUUUCUCAGUACCUAAAUGCAUAUUUUUGUUCAAGUGAUUUUUAGGGAUUCAUUGACAAACAUUUUCUCAAUUUCUGUUUGGAAGUCGACUAGCGUAUUUGAUAUUUUGUUAACAUUAAAUGAAUGUUUGAUCAAACUGAAAUAUAUGCCGUGAAUCCUUGAGAGACUCG